AUGCUGGUCACUGUGAUUGAAAGCCUCUUCAUCACAGUCAGUUCUCAUCACUGUGUUCAGUAUUUAUCGCGGAACAGAUUCUCGGAGUUGCCUGCAGAAGUUUGUCUCUUUGUGUCUCUUGAGAGCCUUAAUUUGUACCAGAACUGCAUUCGCUAUAUUCCAGAAGCCACUGUGAAUUUACAGUCAUUAACAUUUCUGAAUAUCAGCCGGAAUCAGCUCUCCACUUUGCCAGUUCACUUGUGCAGCCUACCCUUGAGAGUCUUGAUAGCAAGCAAUAAUAAGCUGGUCUCCCUACCUGAAGAAAUCGGACAGCUCAGACACCUCAUGGAGCUUGAUGUAAGCUGUAAUGAAAUACAGACAGUUCCAUCGCAAAUUGGCAAUUUGGAAUCUCUGCGGGAUCUGAAUCUCCGAAGAAAUCACUUGGUACAUUUACCUGAAGAGCUUGCAGAGCUGCCUUUGAUUCGUUUAGAUUUUUCUUGCAAUAAAAUCACAUCAAUUCCAGUUUGCUACCGGAACCUCAGGCAUUUACAGACAAUCACUUUAGAUAACAACCCCCUGCAGUCGCCCCCUGCACAGAUAUGCAUAAAAGGAAAAGUCCACAUAUUUAAGUAUCUGAAUAUGGAAGCAUGCAAGGUUGUGCCAGAUCUUCCAGAUUACGGUAGACAACCAAUGGGGUUUGGUUCUUGCCACGAGGAACUGUAUUCCAGCCGGCCAUAUGGUGCACUGGAUUCUGGCUUCAAUAGUGUGGAUAGCGGAGACAAAAGGUGGUCAGGAAAUGAACCUACAGAUGAGUUUUCUGAUCUUCCUCUGCGAGUGGCAGAGAUCACAAAAGAACAGCGACUAAGAAGAGAAAGUCAGUACCAGGACCACAGAGGGAGCGCAGUGGUCACCAAUGGUGGAGUGGAACAUGAUCUGGAUCAGAUCGACUUUAUUGACAGCUGUGUCACAGAAGAGGAGGAAGAAGAGGUGAGGCAAGCCAAGUGCAUGGAAUCAGACAGCCUCAGCUCACAGUUCAUGGCAUAUAUUGAACAACGGCGAAUAUCGCAUGAGGGCUCACCAGUUAAACUAAUACCAACACGAGAACUUCAUAGGUCAGAAGAUGCAAGAAGGUGCUUUCAUCAUAAUAGCUUUGUUUACAGAGAUGCGGAUGAAUUAAAACGACCUGAAAGCCUGAGCUUAUCACAUGAUAGAGACCGACAACAACUGAUAAGAUGCUACUUAGAUCGUGCAGAGAGAGGCUCUGGCGACUCAUCGUGCAUUCUGUCCUUGUCCAACAGCCAUCAUCAGGUCUCCCACUCAGAGGCAGAACCGCACAAGAGACGUGAACAUUUGGUUGAGAAAACCCGGAGAGAAGCACAGCUUGCUGCGUUACAGUAUGAGGAGGAGAAGAUGAGGACCAAGCAGAUCCAGAGGGAGGCGGUCCUUGAUUUUGUCAAGCAAAAGGCAUCCCAGACUCCUCAGAAGCAACAUCUUCUGGAUAGCGAGUGUCCCUUUCCAUCCAGAAGGUCUCAGCACACUGAUGAUAGUGCCUUGCUGGUGAGUGAUGAGAGAUCCACCAUCUCACCAAAUUCGCCUGCUUCUCAAACAGUUCACCUUUCUGCUCCAUAUCCUGGCCCUCCGGCUGCUGCUGCUGCUGCUCCCUCUUCUUACCGGCAUCCUCCUCAGCGUCCUGACAGCUUCCUUUUUCGAAAUGCUGCAAGGGAUGAUGUGAACAAAGCUGUUGCGUCUCUGCCGGCUGCUGCACCAGCACCUGCUAACAGCACUGAUGACCACAGCAAAAACCAUAGUUCCGAGCUGCAGGAGGAAGACGUGGCACUGAUAGAACAACUGCGGAAAAACAUUGAAUCACGGUUGAAGGUGUCUCUCCCCAGUGAUCUUGGGGCAGCCCUGACUGAUGGCGUAGUCCUCUGCCAUUUAGCAAAUCAUGUUCGCCCUCGUUCGGUUCCUAGUAUUCACGUAUAA